UCAUUAACACAUUUGCUGGAAGAUUUUUCUUUGUCGAACGUGGUGUAUAAACAUCAUUCUUGAUCACGAAAAAGUUGUAGAAAUAUCGACUUUUUACCGUAUAGUCAACAUUAAAGUUGAUCAUUAACACAUUUGCUGGGAGAUUUUUCUUCGUUGAACAUUGUGUAUAAACAUCAUUCUUGAUGAUGAAAAAGUUGUAGAAAUUGUAUCGACUUUUUACCGUAUAACCAACAUUAAAGUGUGAAUUAAAGACGUAUUAAGAAGCCUAGAAAGUAUUAAACUAUUGAUGUUUAAAGGAACGUUUUGGAAAGCAAUGGACGAAAGAUCUUUUAGAAGUGUUUCGCUUGUUUCACUGCUGUUUUUGGUGUCGACUUUCAAACGUGCCGACAGCAAUGAAGUGCUGUUCUUGGGAUGUUUUAAACCAAACUCGAGUGAUUGUUUUAACACAACUGCUGGUGAUUACGUGCCUUCUAUAUCUAUUGAUGUAAAUAAAUGCAUUGGCGCAUGCUCAGACCUUAAUCAGGGCCAAAAGCUUGCUGGGAUAUCAAAUGGCGUGUGCGUCUGCAGUCGAAGUACUGACUUUUGCGGCACGAAAGUGAAUAAUGCUCAAUGUUCUUAUCCAGCAAGUGAAUCAUUGUAUUAUAAAGUCUAUCGUGUCAAUAAUUUACCAACUCUGACCGUACCAAAGGUUGUCUCCACGUUCAGUUUGUUUGAAUUGAGUAUGAAUCCUCUUGUUCUCAACUGUUUAUACACGUUGGAUUAUGGUGACAGCGUGACAACUUUACCGUCAUCUUUCACUGGGAAAACAACACAUUGGUAUGCGACUUCCGGAAACUUCAAGAUCACGUUAUCUUCUCAAUGCUUGGCAAAGAGCGUGUCAACUAUGAUCAAGGUCGUCGAAGAAGAGUUAUCCAAUGUUAGUCUUCAUUGUCCCGAGAUUCUUGAAGCGUACGAUGACAGUUCGUCAUGCAUGUUGACUGUGCUCAAAGGUUCUAACCUUCGUGUAGUGGAUCUAAACAAUGCAAAUUCAAAUUAUUUACUUCCUGAUACCGUUGUCGAGUCGAUUGGUAUAUUGAAGUCUGACUCGUUAAACAAACUUUUUGUUCUUCAAGAGGGGACGUACUUUAUGCCUUACUUGUCUGUGAUAAACGAUGGUUAUAUACAGUCAGUGCAGUAUGGUAUUUAUACCAAUGGGACUGUUACUGUUCAGGUUUGGUCUCCUCGCUGUUUGUCGGGUACAAAAGCUUGUCGUGGUGAAUGUGUUCCAUCGACUGAGAUUUGCAGUGGUAUUUUGUUGACAGAACAACAGAUGAAAUCCAAAUAUUGUUGUCUAAAAUCUAAUGUGGAAGUCAAUUAUACUGAAUACAUUGUCAGUGAAGAAUUUCAGGUUGAUGCAAAUAUCAAUCUUCAUGUCUAUAAACUCCCGUAUCCUGUCCAAGUUCGUCGUGGUGACGUCAUUGCUCUGCACUUCAGCAAUAUAACAACGGUCAGCGGUGUCGAUAUGGCAGGCUCUGGUCUUCGUAUAUUUUGUGGGCAGAAAUUCAAAAGAAAUCAAAGUGUGAAGAUCACGAAUGCCACCCAACGCUUUAACAGCUCUCUUAUUUGGUUUCGUGUUCAUGUAAUGUCUGGUGUCGUUUUUCAAAUGCCAAUUAUCGCAAGAAAAUUUAAUGUGAUUUUUAAUCUUAACGUUUCUGCUGUUUCGACAUUCGCUCUUGUCAGUCAAACUAUUCUUGUUCAGGAACGCAUUACCGGAUUGCAAAUAUUCUCGCCUCUCGCUAAUGUAUACUAUCCGACAAUGGAAAAUUUAACAUUUUCCUUUAACGUAUCAAAUGGCACCAACGUCACCUACAUCGUCGACUUCGGUGACGAUGGUGGAUUGACAGAAACCUCUUUAACACAAUUAAAACAUAGAUACCAUUUGAGAGGACAGUACGCCUUAAACAUCACUGCGUACAAUAUGAUCAACAAGGUAAACGCUAGCCAUGUUGUUGCCGUGGUUGUGCCCGUCAAGAACCUUACAUUUCUCCAGAAUCCAGCUGAAAACCCAGGCGAAGUUGGUGUAUUAUACACCAUACGAUUUUUUCUUGAAUCUGGUGAUCAGUCACGUAUAAACAUCAAGUUUGGCAAUAAUCACAGUUCUUUUUUCUCGUGUGGUAACGUGACGAAUGAGAUUUUUCAAGCCAACGUGACGUACAACGUUUCAGGAACAUAUAACAUCACUAUCACGGCCUUUGGCCUCGUCGAGAGGAGAAAACUUAACAUAUCAUCUUCAGUGAAGAUUCUCCAACGUAUUGCUGGCUUAACUUUAUAUCAAGUUGAUUCAAACGCUAAGAUACGACCAAUUUUUGAAAGUGGAUUAAUCGAAAAUGAAUUUUUCGGCCAGCGUCUUACGCUUUUUACUAAUGUGAGUGCAGGUUCUGACGUAGAAUACACUUGGGAAAUAAAAACGGACGGUGAAACGAAUGAUGACGUACAUAAAACCAUAAAUGGUAGUAUUAUGAAUUUUACUCCAGACACUGGUGGAUUGUGGGAAGUUAUUGUCACUGCAAACAACGAUCUAAACAACGAAUCUGCCAGCGUAAAUUUUACAAUAUCGUACAAUUGUGAAACUGCUGCCUUCUACGAUCCAAGUAAAUCAUUUCUGUCUACUUUUGAGAAUGAAAUUCGUAACAGCGUGAACACUAGUAGUAGCGACAUCAUGAAUCUCGAAUUUGACCUAUAUCCUGAUGAAAAUCCUGGAGAAGUUAGCCUACCGUACACUGUACAAUUUUUUGUUGAAUCCGGUGAUAAAUCUUUUAUAAACAUUGAAUUUGGCAAUGAUAAGAGUGCGUUGUUCUCAUGUGGUAAAUCGACGAAGAAGAUCUUUAACGCAACUGUGACGUACAACGUUACAGGAACAUAUAACAUCACUAUCACGGCCUUUGGCCUCGUCGAGAGGAGAAAACUUAACAUAUCAUCUUCAGUAAAGAUUCUCCAACGUAUUGCUGGCUUAACUUUAUAUCAAGUUGAUUCAAACGCUAAGAUACGACCAAUUUUUGAAAGUGGAUUAAUCGAAAAUGACUAUUUCGGCAAGCGUCUGACGUUUUCUGCUAAUGUGAGUGCAGGUUCUGACGUAGACUACACGUGGGAAAUAAAGACGGACGGUGAAACGAAUGAUGACGUACGUAAAACCAUAAAUGGUAGUAUUAUGAAUUUUACUCCAGACACUGGUGGAUUGUGGGAAGUUAUUGUCACUGCAAACAAUGAUCUAAACAACGAAUCAGCCAGCGUAAAUUUUACAAUAUCGUACAAUUGUGAAACUGCUGCCUUCUAUGAUCCAAGUAAAUCAUUUCUGUCUAUUUUUGAGAAUGAAAUUCGUAACAGCGUGAACACUAGUAGUAGCGACAUCAUGAAUCUCACAUUUAACCUAUCUCCUGAUGAAAAUCCUGGAGAAGUUGGCCUACCGUACACCGUACAAUUUUCUAUUGAAUCUGGUGAUAAAUCUUUUAUAAACAUUGAAUUUGGCAAUGAUAAGAGUGCGUUGUUCUCAUGUGGUAAAUCGCCGAAUAAGAUCUUUAACGCAACUGUGACAUACAACGUUACAGGAACAUAUAACAUCACUAUCACGGCUCUUGGCCUCGUUGAAAGGAGAAAACUCCACAAAUCAUCUUCAGUAAAGAUUCUUCAACGUAUUGUUAACUUAACUUUGCAUCUAGAUGAUUCAAAUGGAUUAAUCGGAAAUGACUAUUUCGGCAAGCGUCUGACGUUUUUUACUUAUGUGAGUGCAGGUUCUGACGUAGAAUACACUUGGGAAAUAAAAACGGACGGUGAAACGAAUGAUGACGUACGUAAAACCAUAAAUGGAAGUAUUAUGAAUUUAACUCCAGACACUGGUGGAUUAUGGGAAAUUAUUGUCACUGCAAACAAUGAUCUAAACAACGAAUCUGCCAGCGUAAAUUUUACAAUAUCGUACAAUUGUGAAACUGCUGCAUUCUAUGAUCCAAGUAAAUCAUUUCUGUCUAUUUUUGAGAAUGAAAUUCGUAACAGCGUGAACAUUAGUAGUAGCGACAUCAUGAAUCUCAAAUUUAACCUAUCUCCUGAUGAAAAUCCUGGAGAAGUUAGCCUACCGUACACUGUACAAUUUUUUUUUGUACCCGGUGAUAAAUCUUUUAUAAACAUUGAAUUUGGCAAUGAUAAGAGUGCGUUGUUCUCAUGUGGUAAAUCGACGACGAAGAUCUUUAACGCAACUGUGACAUACAACGUUACAGGAACAUAUAACAUCACUAUCACGGCCUUUUUCCUCGUUGAAAGAAGAAAACUCCGCAAAUCAUCUUCAGUAAAGAUUCUUCAACGUAUUGUCAACUUAAAUUUGCAUCUAGAUGAUUCAAAUGGAUUAAUCGGAAAUGACUAUUUCGGCAAGCGUCUGACGUUUUCUGCUAAUGUGAAUGCAGGUUCUGACGUAGACUACACUUGGGAAAUAAAGACGGACGGUGAAACGAAUGAUGACGUACAUAAAACCAUAAAUGGUAAUAUUAUGAAUUUUACUCCAGACACUGGUGGAUUAUGGGAAAUUAUUGUCACUGCAAACAAUGAUCUAAACAACGAAUCUGCCAGCGUAAAUUUUACAAUACCGCACAAUUGUGAGUCUGCUAUUGAAAUCUAUGAUCAACGAGAGAAAGAUGAACCCUUCGUUACAACAUACGGCCACGAUAUUCGUAUCAAUGCUGUCGAAUAUCUUAGAAAUACGUCAUGUAAAAAGGAACAAAAAAGUGCUGAUUGUUGGACCUACCACUGGAGCGUGUAUGAAGAAGAUAAAAGAAUUAAUUUAUCGUUCCCUAACAAUUCAUUUCUUUUCAUCAAAAAACGCACAUUCAAUCCAGGUUCAUAUAGAGUUCAGGUAAACGCCUUCUGCAAUGAAACUGGUCGCAGAGAGAAUACAAGUGUGGACAAAACAUACAUAAAAAUUGAAGCGAGCAAUCCUGUUGCUAUUAUUGAUGGUGGAUCUCGCCGUGAUGUGGUAGAGCGAAGUAAUAAAUUGAUCAUAAAUGCAAGCAAAUCUUAUGACCCAGAUGACAAAACUUUCGAUUCAUCUAAUCUUGUAUUUCGUUGGCAAUGCGUGGCUAAUUGUUCUAAUAUUAGUUGGCAGAAUGUUAGCUCCAUUGUCACAGUAAAUGUGAGUUUGUUAAAGGUGGGCGAUCGUUUUGAGUUUUCCGUCAACGUUUCCCUUCGUGAGAAAUGUACGUACGUUACGCAGAAGAUUCGCAUUGUCGCAAAUGGUUCUCUUGUCACAAAAAUUAUUUGUCGAGUAAAUUGCUUGGCUCGUGUUACCCUCACAAGUAGACUGUCUCUUCAAGGACAAUGUGAAGCAUGUUUACCCACAAAAGAAAUUAUCUACAAGUGGAAAUUAUUUUAUAAAAAUGGUUCAGUGGCGAACGUAUCGGCUGUUUUAGAUAGACAGAACUUAAUUAUAUCUGCUUAUACUCUUGAACCAAAAACUUUCUAUCGUGUUGAACUUAGAGUUAAGAGCGAGAAUUUAACCGAAACGCUGUCUGUUUAUAAAUUUGAAACAGUUGGUCAUCUUUCUGGUGGUACAUGUAACGUGAGUCCUGACAAAGGCGAAGCUGCUAGAACAGAAUUUCACGUCGAAUGCGAGAAAUGGAAAAGUGAAUAUCCUCCUCUGACCUACAGUGUACGCUACAUCCCGCCAUUUGAAGCAAAGGAUAGCGAGGGUGAUCAGUUGAUAUUAUGGUACACUGGUGAACAACAGAAAUCCUCACAAAGUCAACUUCCUGCUGGAGAAAAGAACGGCAGCAUUGCAAUUGAAGUCGAAAUAACAAGUGCACUGGGAGAAUAUACAAAACUAACGCUACAUGUUGUGGUCAAUCCUGUAAAUUCUACUUCGGAAUCAUUGGAUAAUGUAGUAGAGAAUAUAAAUGAGCUCAGCGAAGAUUAUCCAGGAGAAAUUACACAACAAAUCAUAAUCUACUCUCAAGUUCUGAACCACAACCAAGAUUCCUUUAAAGAAGAUCCAAAGAAGAUCCGGAGGGCAUUUAUCAAGAAUCUGAAGAAAGUUGAAACGAAUACACUUCCAUCAAUUCAACAAACAUCUGACGCACUAAAGUUGGCUGCUUAUGACGAGACACAAGUUGUUCAUGAUACACAGGUGUUUGCCGCUGAAAGACUUCAAACCAUGUCGGACAGUUUUUUGAACAUCUCCACGGAUCGAGGGACACAAUCAGGAGAUGAAGUUGACAAAACUGGAACAAUAUUGUUAUCUGCAGUAACCAAGAUAUUAAACGCGUCUCUUUUCAGUGGAAAGGACACGACCAAAGAAAAUGCACCUGAUGACAUCAAAGAAAAUUUUUAUGGUGUACUAUCUAGAAAAGGAAAAUCCUUAGAAAAGAUUGCGGAAGAAACGAAAAAAGUCGUUGAACGUUUGGACAAGACAAUGCAGACCAUCACGAAAGCCAUGGCAAGUUUGAAGUUGUUUAGAGAACAGUCCACCAACAUCAGUACACCAUUGGUCGAUGUUAAGAUAAGCAAGGAUUUUGACCUGAAACAAGAACGCAUUGUGCAAAAGGCUUUUAGUAAUGAUAACGACAAACGGCGCAGUCCUUCUGUUUCUCUUCAGAAAGAUGCUUUACCUUUUUUAAGUCAUAAUGGUAGUAAUGAUAUUUUUCUUGAGUUAAUGUCUUUCAAAGAGAAUCCGUAUAUUUCGGACGUCAGGAAUGCAUAUUUUAUUCAACCGGAAGUAUUUUCUAUCAAAUUUCGACGAAGAAAUGGUAACGAGGUUGUCCUGGAGAACCUAUCACAAGACAUUGAAAUCAUUUUGCCGAAAAGUUUAAAUGCAUCGGAUUUAUUCAUGAACAGAUCAUCAGAAGAUUCAAAUAUCUAUAUUUGUAAUAUUCGAGUGAAUGAAGACCAUUUUGAAGAACAAAUCUUGAUCGAGAUACAAAUACAGGAAGAAAAAUACAAGAGAGCACAGUUUCUCGUUAAAUAUGGGAAAAAAGUUUCGCCGAAAACAAAAGAUUUUAAGUAUUUUCUAUGGAAAAAUGCGAGUUAUGAAGAUAGCCAUAUCGAUGUUGUACGAAAUGUUAUCAUUCUUCGAGAUUCUACUCGACUUAAACAAGCAAAGGGUGUCGUGUCGAUUGGUCUGUUGCCUUGUCCUGACAAAGGUGAUGGACCAACGAAAAAGCCUUGUGAUUUGAACGCGGAGACUUUCAAAGCCGUCGUACAGUUGAAGUCAUGUAGGUUUUGGAAUAACUCAAAUUGGAUGACAAAAGGUUGUCGUCUUAGCAACGUAUCAAAUUCUCUUCAAACGAAAUGCCUCUGCAACCAUCUUACAUCGUUCAGUUCUUACAUCGUCUCACCGAAUCCAUUAACAAGAUUUUCAAUCGACGACUUCAAAAGAGGUUAUGCUUCAUUUGUCGCUGUUUCCCUUAUUUUUACCUUUUACAUUUUUCUUUUCAUUUGGGCAAGACGUGCAGAUGGUUUUGAUUCAGUUAAGACGAGUAUUUGCCCCUUGCAAGACAAUUCUCCACAUCACAGAUAUCGCUACGAGAUUGCAUUGUGGACGGGCAUGCGCAGAAAUGCGGGUACAAAAUCUAAAGUUACCGUAAUUUUGUCUGGCGAUGAAGGUGAUACUCGGCCAAGGUGCCUUACGAACCCGCAAAACCCGAUGUUUCACCGGGGCAGCUUGGAAAAAUUUCUCCUUAGGACGUCACAGGAUUUGGGUGACCUGUAUUGUAUCCGUAUUUGGCAUGAUAACAGCCAUGGAUCUUGGUUCUUGAGUAGAGUGAUGGUCACAGAUCUACAGAACAAUAAACGAUACUAUUUUAUCUGUGAUAGAUGGUUUGCCGUCGAUGAAGAUGACGGUCAGAUCGAAAGAUUGCUUCCCGUUGCAAGCCAAGAGGAACUUAUUGACUUUUAUCGUUUGUUUUACUCCAAGACAAAGCGCGGUCUGAACGAUACACAUCUCUGGUUCUCUGUGCUUAAUCGCCCUCCGCAAAGUAAAUUUACUCGCGUUCAAAGAUUAUCUUGUUGUGUUUGUCUUAUAAUGACUUCCAUGGUUGUAAGUGCUAUGUUUUACGAUAGAGAAGGUGAACCGACACCAGACUCAACGAAUUAUAUUGGUUCUUAUUCGUUUACUUGGACUGAGAUGUACGUUGGUAUCGUCAGUGCCCUGAUAGUCGUUCCUAUCAAUCUCAUCAUAUUAAAUAUAUUUCGAAAUGUUCGACCGAAAGUCCUCAACUCAAAAACAUCCAUUGAAAGCGGUGAGAUCGUUCCUAAUCGCGAGAGUUUUGAAACGACGGGUACACCGGGAUCGUUUAAAGCAAUUUCCCCCGAAAACUCCUACGACUCAAGUCUUCACCAAUUCAAAACCGGACUACUAAAAGAAGAAAGCAAUAAUUUAUCUUGCUGGGCAAGAUUUAAGAAUAUAUUUCCUUCAAGUUAUCCUCAUUGGUUUGUCUAUGUUGGUUGGGCAAUUUUGGUUGUCGUAACCUUAGGUUCGGCAACCGUUAUUAUUCUGUAUGGAAUGCAGUUUGGAAACGGCAAAUCAUUAAAAUGGCUUUUAUCCAUUUUUAUCUCGAUUUUUCAAGAUAUAUUUGUUACACAACCUUUAAAAGUGUUGAUUUUUGCCCUUGGCUUUGCCUUGAUCGUGAAAAAACCUGAUGAAGGGGAGUUUGAGUCGAACUCUUACCAUGAAAAAGAAGAUGAUAAAACACCAGAAGAUACAUUGAAAUUUAAUGAUAACGACUCUAGUAAAACGACAUUUCAAAUUGAAAGUGAACGUCCUAUCAAAGCUGGGUUGCAUGGAAGCUCCAGUCUGCCUUCAAGACCCUCGGACCAUCAACUCGCCAUUAUGCGCAAAGCAAAAAUGAAAGAAAGAAAGAUGUUCUUCCUGCUUCAAGAAAUCACUGUACAUUUGAUUUUUACUGUCAUUGUUGUAUUGGUCACAUACGGACAUAAAGAUACCAGAUCCUUUCAACUUUAUCAACAGAUCGACAAAUUAAGCUCGAAGACAAACAAGGUACACAACAUUCGCGAGUUUUGGAAUUGGACACGCAACAUUCUUCUACCAAAAGCGUUCCCCGAGAAACUGUACAACGACGAAUAUGUUCCAAGAGCUGGUUUUAUGAUUGAUGGAUAUAAUAACAUUAUUUCUAGAGCAAGAUUGCGCCUUCUUCGUGUGAAAAAUGAAUCAUGUCAGGUUCCUGAUGAUAUGAAAAGGACGAUCGAUGUUUGUUUUGAGCAUUACUCGAUCUUUCAUCAAGAUGAAAACUGCUAUAAGAAAAACUGGAGGAAGGUUCGCGGUGAUAUUGAUUCAUCGUGGUGUUUCAAGAACAGGAAAAAACUCCAUGGUUAUCCAACAUGGGGGACCUUCGAAACCUAUGCUGGUAGUGGGUUUGUGAAAAGAUUAAUUCCCGGAAGAGACAUCAACAGCACAUUUAAUGAAUUAGAAGAAGACGACUGGUUGGAUCGACAAACUCGUGCAGUAUUUAUUGAAAUGACGACCUACAACGCAAACGUGAAUCUCUACACCGUCAUCUCUCUUCUAUUCGAGUUUCCUGAACUUGGAGGAGUUCAUUAUCGACGUCUUAUCGUGCCCGUGCGUUUAAAACUUUAUGUGGGCGGUUUUGCUUUCUUCGUUUUUGCUUGUGAAAUAAUCUUUACACUCUUUAUACUUGCGUACACGUACCAAGCAAUAAGGAAAUGUUAUCGAAAAAGAUUGGGAUAUUUUCUUAACUUUUGGAAUAUCAUUGACUUUCUUGUUCUUAUCAGCUCGUGUGCAGCUAUAGCAGUGUACAUUUAUCGCAUUCAUUUGACGACAGAUCUCAUGAGACAGGUGAAACAACGACAAGGACACUUCGUCAACUUUCAGUCCGUCACGUUUUGGAAUGAGUUGUUAAACAUUUUCUUUGCCAUUGUCGUAACUUUGGUAACGGUGAAACUGACGAAACUUUUGCGUUUCAAUAUUCGCGUAUCGCUGUUCACUCAGACUCUCCAGGCAUCUAAACCGGCACUGGCUGGAUACUUUCUGCAGUUUGGAAUCGUAUUUUUUGCGUAUGUCAUAGUUGGCGUCCUCGUAUUUGGAUAUGACGUGUACCAAUUCAGGAAUAUUCCAUCGUCAAUGUUGUCUCUUGGUCGUGUUAUUUUGGGGAAGAAUCAAUUCAUGGAACUUAUUCAUACAGAUCGUUUCCUUGGGCCGUUGUUUUUCUUUACUUUUGUCCUCUUUGUUUCGUGGAUUUUGAUGACUAUGUUUGUGGCGAUAAUAAAUGAUUCUUAUCACGAUGUACGAGAUAAAACUUACGGAAAGAGUAACGAUUAUGAAGUUGUAGAUUUCUUUUUAGCUUGGUUGAAAUCGUGGUCUGGUUUUGGCUUGAAAAAGAAAACUCCUGCUAAUUCGAGGUGGCGCCAAAUUGGUCGCAAAGAGAAAUAUCUUUUCACUGAAGACGACAUUUUGCUGGAGAAGACUGCCGACUUAAUGAAGAAAUUUGAAUUAUCUGUCAAAUCACUUGAACAAUUAACUGAACGCUGGUCAAAAGAUCAUUUUGCAGAAAUUAUGAAAUAAGAAUCCAAUUAUUUUGACCUGAGCUGUAACAGAAUCAUUUCGCCCAGAUUUAUAGCCAGCAAGUGGAACUGAUUUGCUCUCAUUGAAAACAAAUUUAUCCGAAAGAACUUUAACAUAGUGUUCCACGUAUAGAUAUGCAUUUUUUAGUGAGUGCUUUUUGCUUAGUGAAAGCAGUAAUUUAUUAAUCGCAUUCCAGUGUUUUUAGAGUUCAGUACGUAAUGACGUCUGUUGUGUGACAGUGUUCUUGCACUGUGAAAUACAAAGCAUAAAUUUAAAGCACAAUUUUGAGAUAUAGGUUGUUGUCAAUUGCAAGAUUUCAGUGUAAAAUGAAACUUCCUAUAGUAUUAUUAUUCAUUCAAUAAAUUAAAAUCCCAAGGUUGAAUAUUUAUAGACCUUCAAAAUAAAGCUUUACAAUCUGUCUUGAA